CACCCUGUUGCCUUGCCUCCUCUUCUUAGUUCGCUAAUCUGAUCUACCCACCAAAGUAAGGCAUGCAUUGCUGCUUUCACUUCCAGUAUCUGUGUCUCCUCGGGUCCUACAUCUUGCAAGGAACGUAUCUUGGUGGCAACUAGUAACUGGGCAUCCAAGCUGUUAUGACGAACUCACUCGAAUGGUUGAGGCUAUCUGGAAGGGUGAAAUUGCAUUCGUUCUGCCGUGCCCUCCCUACCAAACAAACAUAGACACAUGGUGAUCAUAUAUUUGAUUGUUUACAUAACAAACUCCACAACCCCCAUUUCCUAGCUCCCAUUUCUCACAAUCAUUCCUCACAAAGAAGCACCCUUCACCUUUUUACACAUUUAAAAUCAAACCCACACAAAUUCCCCCAUUCCUCCUCAGAUUCCAACACCCUCUUCCUCUCACUAUUCCAAAACCCACAUCCAUACUCUGCUUUUCCCCCUCUCUUCACAUCUCCAGCCAUGUCUCUCACCCGCAUCUCUUCCUCUUCACCCCCAUCAUCAAAACUCUUCCACAAACCGAUCCACCAUCGAAACGACUCCGACGAGCUCGAUGUAUUCGAAGCCGCCAAGUACUUCUCCGGCUACAACGAACCCAUUCCCCACCACUACACCACAAGCAAAAACAGAGCAUCCUCUGUUUCCCGAAGAAUGAGCCUAGACACGUCAAUGUCAAACAUAAACGACCACCAACAGCAAAUCCUGAAGGAAAAGACCUUCGUCAACAGAAACGGGAAGCCAUAUAAGCAGCCGAGCUCGCCAGGAGGGAGGCUAGCGAGCUUUCUAAACACUCUGUUUCACCAAGCGGCAGGGGGUUCCAAGAAGAAGAACAAGAAGAAGCAGCCACCCAAAUCCACGGAGGAAGAGGACGAGAUCAGCCCAUGUGGGCGGAAGAGGAGGAGUAGCAUUAGCUAUUUCUCCAGAUCAUUUGCUGAUACCAAAUCAUGGUACUCUGCUACAUCGUCGAAAUCCGAGUUCAGGAGGAGUCCUCCGCCGCUCUGCACUCCGACCAAGGCCGGGUUCAGAACCGUGGUUUGCGGUUCGAAUCAGAAACCGGUUUCGGGCAGGGAUUCGUGGUGUUUGGAUGAGAAGAUGGCUAAGCUUAGCAGCAACGAUGGGUUGUUGUUGAGUGGUUGUGAGGAAUCGAAGGUUGAUGAUGAUGGAGGUGAGAGUGAUGCCAGUUCUGAUUUGUUUGAGCUGCAGAACUAUGAUUUGGAUGCUUACUCUAGUGGUCUGCCUGUUUAUGAAACGACUGAUGUGGGUAGCAUCACAAGUGGGAAAUAGUAACCACAUGAAGGAUAUGUGAGGAUUAGUUUAAUUAAUAAAUCAAUUAAUCAUUUUGGGAAUCUGAUCUUUGUACAUUGUGGUUCUUUCUCCCUUCUAAUUCCUCACAAAUUUUGUUUCUUUGUUGUUUUUUUGUUGCUUUACUGUUUAGAAGCUAUGAUAAGAAAGAAUUG